GCGUGUGCGCAUGCUCCGUGCGCCGGGUCGAGCUCUGGGCGGCGAUACCAGACGCCUCUGCUCCAGUUCCCGGUGAACCGCGACUCCGGUGGCAGCUGUUAGUGUCGACGGGGUGUUGGCGUGAGGCAGAGCUGGGCCAGCGGGAGGUAGCUCUUCGGAAGUGGAAGGCCGGUAUUUCUCUACCUGCACCGCACGCUCCUCUCGUUAGGAGGGCAGAGCUCAAGAUUUGCUUUGAGGUCACAUUGUUAAGAAAUAUGGAGUCACCUUUGAUAACUUCACCUGGGAAAGAGAGCCUUCUUUCUUAUUAAAAAAAAAACAUAAGGAAAACAAAUGACCAAAGGAAUCUUGCCAAAUGCGAACUCAACAUCUUUUUGUAUCAUCUGCUUUUUAAGUCAUCAAGACAAAUGGCUUGUUCUUUAAAGAAAAUUCCUUGUUCUUCAACAUUGCUUUUAGCAGUUUAAAAAGUUUUUUUUUUUUACCUUAACUCUACAACUUUCAUAAAAUUUAACACAUAAAAAACUUGAAGGCCCUGUUUAAAAUAGCUUUCUGUUUUAGAACUACAAUGUUUGUGUACCCUAUUUUUGCUUGACAAAGUCGUCAAAAAUUUACAGCAACAGGAAAGAUAUGGACUUGGAAACUUACAUUAUUGUAAUUGACUGCAUUGAAUUUAAGUGGACCAUUCAAGACAUCAUCCCUUUUAUCAUCAGAAAUAUCACAUAAAUAUAUAAUUCUUAGCUUUAAUGUAAACAGAAUUUCUUGAAAAUGGCAUGGGUAAAAUUCUUACGGAAACCUGGUGGCAAUCUUGGAAAAGCUUAUCAACCUGGAAGUAUGCUAUCCCUAGCCCCUACCAAAGGCUUGUUAAAUGAACCAGGACAAAACAGCUGCUUUCUUAAUAGUGCUGUACAGGUUUUAUGGCAAUUGGAUAUAUUCCGAAGAAGCUUGCGGGUUCUAACUGGACAUGUUUGUCAGGGAGAUGCCUGUAUAUUUUGUGCAUUGAAGACAAUAUUUGCACAGUUUCAACACAGUCGAGAAAAAGCACUUCCUUCAGAUAACAUAAGACAUGCUCUAGCAGAAAGCUUCAAAGAUGAGCAGCGAUUUCAGCUGGGCCUUAUGGAUGAUGCUGCAGAGUGCUUCGAAAAUAUAUUGGAGAGGAUUCAUUUUCAUAUAGUGCCAAGCAGAGAUGCAGACAUGUGUACCUCUAAAUCUUGUAUCACUCACCAGAAGUUUGCCAUGACUCUGUAUGAACAGUGUGUGUGUCGUAGCUGUGGAGCGUCAUCAGAUCCUCUACCUUUUACAGAAUUUGUGCGGUACAUUUCUACAACAGCCCUAUGCAAUGAAGUGGAAAGAAUGAUGGAAAGGCAUGAACGUUUUAAGCCUGAUAUGUUUGCAGAAUUGCUACAAGCAGCAAAUACAACUGAUGACUAUAGGAAAUGUCCUAGUAACUGUGGCCAAAAAAUAAAAAUUCGUCGUGUUUUAAUGAAUUGCCCAGAGAUUGUUACAAUUGGUUUAGUCUGGGAUUCUGAGCAUUCUGACUUGACUGAAGAUGUUGUUCGGAAUCUAGCAACACAUCUUUAUCUUCCUGGGCUUUUUUAUAGGGUUACUGAUGAAAAUGCCAAAAAUAGUGAACUUCACCUUGUCGGGAUGAUCUGCUAUACCAGCCGACAUUAUUGUGCCUUUGCUUUUCAUACCAAGAGUUCCAAGUGGGUAUUUUUUGAUGAUGCAAUGGUGAAGGAGGUUGGAACUAGAUGGAAGGAUGUGGUCUCCAAGUGUAUCCGAUGCCACUUCCAGCCACUGCUUUUGUUUUAUGCAAACCCAGAUGGCACAGCAGUUUCUACUGAAGAUGCGCUUAGGCAGGUCAUCAACUGGUCACAUUAUAAAUCUGUUGCAGAAAAUAUGGGAUGUGAAAAGCCCAUAAUUUAUAAGCCAGAUAAUUCAAAAGAGAAUGGAUUUGGUGAUCAGGCAAAACAGAAAGAAAAUCAGAAAUGUCCAGCAGAUAAUAUUUCAUCACUUAAUCGGAACCACAUUCAAACAAGUGGCAGAAGAGGGCUAAUUAAGUUAAGUCACAAUGAUCAAAGGGAAAAAAUAAAAGACAUUUCUAGAGAAUGUGCUUUAAAGGCCAUUGAACAGAGAAACUUACUUUCUUCACAAAGGAAGGAUUUGGAGAGGGGACAAAGAAAAGAUUUGGGCCGACAUAGAGAUUUUGUUGAUGAAGACCUUCCACACUUCAAGUCUGGAUCACCUCCUGCCCCAAAUGGCUUUAGACAGUAUGGAAAUCCACAGCUAUAUCAUAGUCAAGGAAAAGGACCAUAUAAACAUGACCGAGUUGCCCAUCAGAGUCGAGCUUCUGCACAAAUACUGAGUUCAAGUAAAUCCCAGAUUCUUGCUCCAGGAGAGAAAGUAACUGGCAAAGUUAAGAGUGACAGUGGCACUGGAUAUGAUACAGACAGCAGCCAAGAUUCUAGGGAUAAAGGAAGCAGCUAUGGUGGCUGCAGUAAAAACCGGAACCGAGGUUGGAAACCCAUGAGGGAAACAUUGAAUGUUGAUAGCAUUUUUAAUGAAAGUGAAAAAAGGCAACAUAGUCCAAGACAUAAAUCAAGUAUCAGUAACAAACCUAAAUGUAGCAAAGAUCAGAGUUUUGACAAUUGGCCAAAGGAGAACCCAAAGCAAAAAUGUUUAAUGACCAUAUAUGAAGAUGAAAUGAAGCAGGAAAUAGGCAGGAGUUCCCUUGAAUCAAGUGGAAAAGGGGCAGAGAAAAAUAAAGGCCUCAAAGAGACUAAAGUUCACGGAGACAAUUGGCAGAUGCAGAGGACUGAGUCUGGAUAUGAAAGUAGUGAUCAUGUCAGUAAUGGAUCUGCUAAUUUGGAUUCACCUGUUAUCGAUGGAAUUGGUACAGUAAUGGAUGUCAGUGGUGUCAAAGAAACAGUAUCCUGCAGUGACCAGGUUAAAACAAGCAACCUAAAUAUAGAAUAUAUCAACUGUUCUUCCCAACAGAGCAAAAACUACUUAGAAGGCUUCAGAAAAGAACUCAAGAAUUUGGAAGUAGGCUGUAAAUCUCCUGAGUUCCACCCAGAGUCACAUCUACAAAUAAAAAAUCCUUUGAUAAAAAGGUCACACAUACAUGAAGCCAAUGGAAAGUUGUUCCCUUCAUCAAGUCCGCAGAUAAUCAAGGACAAUGGAGCAAGAGAGCAUAUCCACCAGUCAAGUGAACAGAAACUUGAAACAUCAAGUGAAUGCAAGUUUUCUGAGUGGCUUAAUACAGAAAAUUCUGAGAGAACAGGUUUACUUUUUCACAUUGAUGAUAAUUCUGCCUCUGGAAAGAGAAUGAACAGUAACGAAACAGUCUCACCAUCUUCAUUCUGGUCCUCACACGUGAGACCUGUUGGGUUAAAGCCAGAAACUGCUCCCCUCAUCCAGCAACAAACUAUGAUGGAACAGUGUUGCUCUGAGAACUCUCUGUCCAGGGAACAUGUAAUUCAGUCAGCCUGCAGAUCUGAUGGUCAGAUGCCAAAACCUGUUAGCCAUAUUCCGCCUCCUUUGCCACCAAAGAAAUAUGCUAUAACCAGUGUGCCACAGUCAGAGAAAAAUGGUCCCACACAUAAUGUCAAACUUACAGAGACAUUUAAAGUUAAUUCUUCUAGUCUUCCAAAGCAUAGUUUAAGUCCAGAUUCAGAACCAGGUUCAGAAGUGGGUACAUAUAUGAAUGAUGAAAGACUUAAGGAAACAUUUCAAGUAAAAGAGCAUGUUGGCAACACACCAAACUACCUGUCCAGCUUUUCAGCUAAAGAUUUUCAGGCAGACUUAGGUACAGUUGUUGAUGCAUUUUGCCACCCAGAAAUAGACUCUAGUUCUGCGUGUCAAAAUGAGACCAUUUCAUUAACUACCUAUUUUUCAGUUGAUAACUGCAUGACUGAUACAUACAGACUGAAAUACCAUCAGAGACCCAAGCUCUGUGUUCCAGAGAGCAGUGGUUUUUGUAAUGAUAAUUCACUAUCCCAGAGUGAAAGAGGACUAGGACCCAUGUUACACAAUAGUCUUGGUUCAAACUGCCCUUCUGAGCAAAGAUAUAAACCUAGUAUACAUUGUAGUAGAUAAAUGAUGAAACUGGUAAGCUUAUACUUCUCAGAGGCCAUUAAAAUAUAAUAAGAAUUGACUGACCAAACCUGGUGAUAUACGAUACACCAUGGCAUUUUUAAAGUCAUUAAUCACUUUAACUUUCUAUAUAUAUUUUUUAUUUUGUGAUCAACUUAUUGGAUAUUUUAGAGAUUCCCUUUGAAUAGCCUUGGUGUGUCUGCAAAAUAGAAAAUCAGGGCAUAUGCAAAAAGUCACUGCUGCAAUCGAAUCAAAUUGUAAUUUGUUCCUGUAUGUGUGGCUGGCAGACCCAUAAGUAUUAAACUAACCAAUACUCACAUAUGUAGAUUGGUAAACUAUGCUAAUUGAAAAAUACCAGGUGAUACAUAGUUUGUGUAGGCAAAGCAGUAUUUGCUUUAUGAAGAAGCACUUUCUAAUGGGUAAGGAACCAAAAGCGGGCUUCUCCCAUUUGUUUUUGACUUCUGUGAUAGUCUACUACAUGCAAUCCCUUUAAGUGUCUUAAAAAAAUAUCAACCCAUAAAAUUGUAAGCAUUUGAAAAAAAAGCCUUAGCGAUAAAGCAAUUUGUAAAUUAAAUUCUUAAGGUCAGAACAGAAGAAACUUAAUUUUGCUCCUAGAACUUUUAGCUACAGAAUGCCUAAUUAACAUAAAUUAGGACUUUGUCUUUUGUAUGUAUUCAUAAACUUCAGCCAUGUAAGCUAAAAAUAAGUAAAAUUCUUAACUUUAGUAUAUUUAUUUGUUAACAUUUUUUCUAAUUUUAUAUGAAAUGUGAAAGGUUUUAUUUUGGUUUAGUUUACAUUGGGCUGCUAAUAACCAGUGUUAGGAAUUAACUUCGGGCCCUCUUCUUGGGAAUCUCACUGUGACUGCCUAAAUUUCCCCUGCUGUAAUCUUAUGCCUUUAUAGGUUGUCAACCCAUUUUAGUGACCUUCAGAUUCUUGAAUUAAAAAAUAUUUCUGGGUUUCUAGAUUGAAUUGCUACCUUUCAUAGAGGGUUUAAUUUUAAUGAAAUGUAUUAAUAUGAGCAACUCUCCCAUUUUCCUACUAUAAACAGCCAUUUUACCUUAACUACUUUCAUUUUUAACUAUUUUAAAAAUAAAGGAGAUUUCUAUGAUCUUGGUGACCUUGUAAAUUACUUUAAUUGCCUUAUUUCAUUAGUUGUCAUUUUGUUUUGUACUAAGUUGGUAAACUUACUGUG